GUGUAUUAAUCAUAGUCAAGAAGCUAAUUGGGAUGAGGCCGACUGUAGCUUUCCUUCUUUCGCUCCACCUCACGGCGGCAUUGGUUGUCGUGGACUCUUCGCUAGCAUCGUCAUGCAUAUACUACAUGAAGAACUUCGAUUGGGGCUGCGGGGGAACGGGCCAAGGGCACAAGAUGUACCUGUGCCGGUGCCACAAUGUAGACUGGGUUGGUUCCGUGUCCAAUUGCAUGGAAACACAGGGCAGCGAUAACCAGGAAACCAGACAUGCGUGGAAACAUUUGGCCACUCGAUGCUUGCAAAAAGCCGACUUGCAUUUCACGGUGGACCAGCUCGAAGACUACCUGCUGAAUGCUACCCAGUACAUGGAAGCACCGCCCACCAAUAUGAGCACGCGGCUCUACCUGCCCAUUUCGGUCAACCACUCGGACUAUGAGAUCUACAAGACGUCGUUUGACGACAUCAACCAUCACGUAUUCAAAAGCCAGUGGCUCGGCUGGGGGCUUGUGCUUUUCUGGGGCGCCUACGUGGCGUAUCUCACCGUGUCCAAUAUUCUCUGGACCUGGAUGCGCGUAUCGGUGUUUCCCAAAACGGCCAGGCAGUGGUAUCAGAAACAUAUGUUGAAAACGACCUGGGUGUUUGGGCUUCUGCGCUGGGACGUGUUGCUCAUGGCGGCGUUUGUCGUCCAGGCGGUUCUAUGCACGGCCUUGUCCUACACCGUAUCGCUUCCAAACAUGUACAUCAAUGACGUGUAUUUCCUCACGCUUGACUUGAUCGGCUACCGGAGCGGCCUUUUAGCCUUUUCGUUGAUGCCGGUGGUGUUUGUCUUCGGUCUCCGCAACAACCCUUUUUGCUGGAUGACGGGGCUCCCGCAGGCCAAUUUCAUCACCUACCAUAAGCUAGUAGCCCUUGUGAUGUCGCUCGAGGCCUUGGUGCAUUCUGCCGUGUGGACGGCAUACGCCAUAAGAUCUGGCGGCUAUGCUGCAUGGGGCAUUGACGACUACUGGAGAUGGGGCGUGGUGGGCACGGUUUUGGUGUUUGUGAUGCUAGGCCAGAGUGUGGGCUUGAUCCGCAACCUCAUGUACGAGCUUUUCUUGGUGGUGCACAAGCUUUUCGGCUGGCUCUUCAUUGUGUCCAUGUGGUACCACUGCAAUAUUCUCGGUUGGAUGGGCUGGGUGUACUCGCUCAUUGCCUUCACCGCGUACGACCGCGUCAUCCGACUUUUCAAGACGUUCUUCAUCAAUCGUGGCUACACGAAGAUCCAAAUGACCAUGGUGGACAGAAGAGUCAUCAAAAUGACUGUGCCGAAAUCCGAGCUUCACAAUGCUUUCUACAAGCCGGGGUCGCAUAUCUUCAUCUCCUUCUAUCACUGGCCCAUCUGGUACCAGUGUUUCCAGUCGCAUCCAUUCACAAUUGUCAAUUCGCCCGUAGAAUCGGAGGGUGUUUUUGUGAUCUACAUCCGAGUCAAGAAGGGGACCACCUGUGUCCUUGCAAAGCUUAAAGGUGACGAGAAGGGUCGGCUUUCAAUGUGGCUGUUGAUCGAGGGCCCUUACGGAAACGGUGUUCCCACUUUCAAAGACAACGAGCAGCUUGUUGGUAUUGCUGGUGGUCUUGGAACCUGUGCUUUGCUUGCUACAUUCCACCAUAAUCCCCGUGGAUCCGUGCUCUACUGGGCAGUGAACAACAUGGCGGACAUCGAAUAUUUGCGUCGCGACUUGGAGCACUUGAUCGCCAAGGGCACAGAUGUCCAAGUAUUUCUUACCAGGGAUAAGGGGGAAGAUGACUACUCGAUCGAAAAGGAAUACAAGUACGUGUCCGUUUUAGGCGAGAGACCCAAUACGGACGAAUGGGUACGUGCUGGCUUAGAACUUGGAAUCGUGGCAAAAAAGACUGAUACAUACGUGCUCUCAUGCGGGCCGGGAGCGAUGGAUAGCGAUGUGCAGAAGAGCGUCAGCGAAAAUACUGUAGUGGGCCUGGAGCAUUGUCUCCAUUACCAGAGAGAAAAUUACCAAUGGUGAGGCUUGCGCGUAUCAUUAUUAGACCUGCAAUAUUCCACAUACAUGACCCACUGAACAAACCCCAAAAGAAAAAUUGGUGAUUGUCAGAUUAUUUAUCACAUCUGGUCGUAGAAAGCUCUAAUUAACUUCAAAAUUGAAACAUGCCAG